AUGCGCUGGUUUUUACUCAUCUGCGUCGUUGGCAUUACAAGCUGCCACACAACGGAUACUAAAGCUGAAGGCGGCCAGGAAAAGGGUAUUGUGGAGUGGAUCAACAGCUGGCUCAGUAGUACCACCAGUACUACCACCGAUAAGCCUGUCCAUGAACCGCUAGUAGAGUGUCCUGCGUGUCAGUGUGGGUUCACAAGAACUCGCAGGCGAAUUGUUGGCGGUUACGAGACCAAGAAGAAGGAAAUCCCAUGGAUUGUUGUUCUCCUGUACAACGGCAGAUUCUACUGCGGUGGAUCGCUGAUCAACGACCUUUACGUUCUCACUGCGGCGCAUUGCACUUCUGGAUUCCGCAAAGAGAAAAUGACAGUGCGUUUCUUGGAACAUGAUCGUUCUGUUCCAAAUGAUACAAAGACGAUCGACAGAAAGGUUUCCCAAAUCAUUCGACAUUUGCGCUACAAUCCUUCAAACUAUGACAACGACAUUGCUAUGCUGAAAUUGAGUGAAAGGGUAGAUCUCAGCACAGCUUUAAAGAGAGUACGAGUCGAGGAGACAGGUGUAGAAGAUGAAAAUGACGUAGGUCUGCGGCCCGUGUGUCUGCCUCUUGCUGGGCUUUCUUACAACAACGAAACUGCGUUAGUAGCAGGCUGGGGCACUACUGAGGAGGGAGGCAGUGUUUCCAACACUUUGCAAGAGGUUCAGGUACCCAUAAUCUCCAACAAUGAAUGCCGUUUAACCGCGUACAAGAAUCGCAUAACUGAAAACAUGCUGUGCGCAGGCGAAAAGACUGGAGGUCAUGACGCUUGCCAGGGUGACUCCGGUGGACCGCUACACGUUCGUAACGCUACUACUGAGAAACAUCAUAUUGUUGGUGUUGUUUCAUGGGGAGAAGGGUGCGCGAGACCAGACAGGCCAGGUGUAUACAGCAGAGUAAACCGAUACUUGACUUGGAUCAAGAGUAACACCAGAGACGCCUGCUACUGCAAAUAAACUUCAUUUCGUCACAGA